AUGAACAGUCUGGUGGCCACGCCUCCUGUUCCUCCUCAUUUCUACGAGAACCCUCGACUCUCGCCCUCCCGGAUCAUGUCGACACCAUCCUACACAAACCGCAAGCGGAAAGCCGAUGAUGAUGGCAACGACCAUGAUGGACGCAUGUCCGCCUCUCCGACCAACUCCCCUGCCUUUACUCCUCGCCAACUCCCUCCGACCUUUCGCAAUAUCAAACGAUCCCGACCAAAUGUCUCCGGCAGACCUCUCUCCCUCCCUCGUCUGCUAGAGACUUUGGACACCGAUGCCCUUCGGACCGUGGUUCGGACCAUGUGCGAGCGUCAUCCUCAGCUCGCCGACGAGGUCGCCCAUACAUCACCUCGCCCAAGCGUCUCGUCUACUCUCCAGGUUCUUCGGAACUACCAAGGGAUCCUCCAGUCGUCUUUCCCGCUGGGAGGCAACACUGAGUCCGACUACGCCUACAAUCGAGUCCGGCAGCCACUCACGAACCUUCUUGAAGCUUUGAGCGACUUCACACCCAACUUCCUCCCUCCAAACGAAGCGCAGCCAUCGGUCUCACUCAGCUAUCUGGACGGAGCGACCGACAUCAUCCACGCCUUGCCUCGCUGGAGUACGCCACAGAACAACAUCGAGCGAGACUCCGCCUACGAUGAGAUCUGCAAAGCCUGGAUCCUGGUGAUCCGAGAAGCAGGAAAGCGUGGCGGAGGAAUUCAGCUGCAGUACGGGGGAUGGGAUCAGAAGCUCGCGAAACACAACCACACAUCGGGAGGGAAGCUCCAGGCCGCCGUGAACGAACUCGGCUCGAGCCUAGGAUGGAUGAACGGGCCAGACUCGCAAUCCUACGGAUCGGGUGGAAAUGAGCUCGGCUCAAUUCGAGACCAACUUCUCUCCGGCACUUAUGGUCUUGGGACUCCUGUCAAGGUCGGACCUUGGUGA